AUGGCAGCAAAGCCGCCGCCGCCGCCGCUCCCCCCAAGGGCGACGUCCAACUUUCGCAGUCGUAGCGAUAAAGACCAAUCCUCAUAUUUAUCUCCCAACUCUCAGUCAUCAGGCGAAUCUCCCUAUCUCGCCGGCUUUCACGACCCACGGUCUUCUUCUACCCAGUCGCUCGGACCUGUCAAGUCGGCCAGUGAUGAGCGGCGGACGUUGCUCAUUGUCUACAUCCAUGGAUUCCUCGGCGACGAAACCAGCUUCAAAAGCUUCCCCGCGCAUGUUCACGGUCUGUUGACUCCUGCAUUGGCACCGACUCAUGUCGUCUACACCAAAAUCUAUCCGCGGUACAGGUCUCGCGAGAACAUCGCCGUCGCCAGGAAUGCUCUCAGCAAUUGGCUUGCUGCGCACGAAUCGGACUCGACUGAUAUCAUUCUCGUCGGGCACAGUCUCGGUGGGAUCCUCGCAGCCGAAGUGGUUUUGAUUCCCUCGAACGAUCCAGGAAGCCACCUUUUCCAGCACCAGAUCUUAGGCCUCAUUGCAUUCGACACGCCAUUUCUUGGUAUGCACCCUGGCGUCAUCGGAACGGGCAUUGCCAGCUUGUUUCGAACUCCUCCUCAAAUCAAAGAAUCUGCGGUGCCCGGUGCUUCUCUGAACCUAGACCUGUUUUCUGCGCCACAAGAUGCCACUUACAACCCCUCUUAUCAGAACGAUGUCCACUUGGCUAACAGGAAGGGCAAGCUACAGAAGGCCUGGUACUUCUGGAACAAGCAUGCUGGAGAGUUGGCAAAGGCAACUCGAAGUUACGUCUCCUCCCAUCUCGAAUUCGGUGGCUGUCUUGCCGAUUAUCCGGGAUUGAUAAAGCGCUACCGCGCCAUUCGCGCCUUGGAGGAUGUGGAAGAGACCAUGAAACGUCGGGCGCCAAAUGGCCGCCUCUUGAAGCGGGUGAGGUUUGUAAACUACUAUUCUGCAAGCACAGGACCGGUCAAAGAAAAGCCACCAGACAUCUUGGAGGUUGCAGCCACAGAGGAGACAUCUUCCGUGGGCCAUACACACAGCAGCCUUGGGGCUACAGAUUCGAGUCCUCAACUGUCGCUUGAAGAACAUCGAAACAUCCAGGACCUCACCAGAGAUGUCGCAGACCUCAAGGUGGAUCAUGGCCCUCCCAAUGUGUCUAUGCUGCCUUCUACCGGGGAAAACACACCUCCGCCGGGCGCUGAGACGAAACAUGGUGAAGGCCUGGGUACCAGCAGUGAGAUGGCGCGUCAGCCUCCUUUACCUAGCCCUGAGUUGUGUGAUGACACGGGUACUCUCAGAACGCUUAGCAUGGAAGAUCUGGGUAUUGACAAGGUAUUUCAGGAUGGGGUCACAGACAAGGAUAUAUCGGUUCAACAGGAAACAGAAGACAUACAUGAGGAACGAGGCUCAACUCACCUGCAGACGGAUCAACUCGAACACCCUACUCAGAUGAGCGCCAAGAAGGAUGAUGAACCCAUGAACGAUGAAGAAAACACAGACAAAGCCGAUACCCAAAAGAAACCCAAAGACCGCAAGUUCUGUGCGCUCCCGACCAGGAACCGCCAGACAGGUGAGCGGGAUCACACAUGGAUCCGAGUGCACAUGGAAGGCAUUGACGAAGUGGUCGCGCACACGUCUCUGUUCAAUAUUGGAGAGACAUAUUCUAAGCUGGUCGGCGACACGGUUGAAAGGAUUGGGAAAUGGGUGGCAGAAGAUGCAUCACGGCGCCUGAUUCUCGCCGAGAUGGACACCGAUACAUGGGACAGUUAG